AAUGCCUAUGCGGCCUCUGCCUUCUUGCAUCCAAUUGCGGCUCGUUGUCCAAGUUCUUUGUGCACGCGUCCAUCAUGGCAUCCACUGAUGAGUUAAAUGUUUCUGCCCUUGUGUACGAUUAUUUAUUAAAAAAAGACGCAUCAUUGGCAAAGGUUUUUCAGAAGAAAACAAAAGCGCCCGCGCUGCCGAAAGGAUCAGUGUCCAUACAAGAGGUGUUUCAGCAUUUUCAGAAGACCUCUCCUAGAAAACUAAAUAUAAAAGCACAAACUAAAGACAGUAGUUCAGACUCAAGUUCAGAAAGUGAAGAUGAAGCUCCAAAGAAAGUUCCACAAGUAAAUGGUAAAGCUGCACUUAAUGCUUCAGUGAAUAAUAAAAAGCAGCAGUCAUCUUCAGAUGACUCCUCUAGUGAAGAUGAGAAACCGGUACCUAAGGCAGCCACUAAAGCUAAGCCUGUUGUUAAAACUCCAUCUAAAGUACCACCAGUAAAGAAAAAAGACAGUUCAGAUGAAAGUUCUUCAGAAGAGGAAGACGAUACCCCUAAAGCACAGCCAAAAGCAGUCUCAACACCUAAAGUAACUAAAGUGACUAAAGCACAAGAAUCAUCCGAUGAUUCUGAUUCGGAUAGUGGAGAAGAGUCUAAAGCAAAUGUAUCUAUAAAAACAGCUGCAAAACCUCAGACAAAAACUGCAGUCAAAAAGAAAGAAUCUUCUAGUGAAGAUAGUGAAGAGGAAAGUCCAGUUAAGCCAGUUCUAAAAAAACCUGUGUCAGCUGCAGGUGUAGUAAAAGCUCCAGCAAAGAAACAAAAAUCAUCCAGUGAUGAUUCUGAUGAUUCCUCGGAGGAAGCAACUGCAAAACCACAGCCAGUUAAAGCUAAGCCUCCAACACUGACUAAAGCUACCACGAAGGCAGAAUCUUCUAGCAACGAUUCUGAUGAUUCUUCAGAAGAGGCUUCUGCUAAACCAGCUGCAAAGGCUGUUCCAGACAAGAAAAAAUCUAUUCCACAAAAGAAAGGGCCUGUAAAAUCUGAAAAGCAAAGCAAAACUGUGUCAGCAAAACAACCCGUUGCAAAGAAAGUAGGUUCUUCUAGCGAAGAAAGUAGUGAAGAAGAAGAACCACCUAAAAAGAAACCUACACAAUCUUCGGCACAAGUAGCAUCAAAGAAGACUCCCGCUAAGAAGGAAGAGUCUUCAUCUGGUGACGACAGUAGCGAAGAGGAAGAAAAAGCUCCACCUAAACAAGCUACUCUGGCAACACCAGCAGUCACAAAGGAAGAAUCUUCUAGUGAUGACAGUAGCGAAGAAGAACCUCCAGCUAAGAAGUCGGUUCCUGCUAAAGUUGUAACACCCGCUAAACCUACGGUAGCUAAAAAAUCACAGUCUUCCAGUGAAGAUUCCGAUGAUUCUGACGAAGAUAAGACGUCAGUAGCGAAACCAGUAGCAAAAAAAGACUCAUCUAGCUCUGAUGAUUCUGAUGAAUCUGAAGAUGAAAAGCCUGUCAAAGCAGCUGCAGCUACACCAAAGGCAGCUGCCAAAGCAAAAGCCAAGAAGAAACCAACUAGUGAAGAUUCUGAAUCAGAUUCGUCUGAAGACGAAAAACCAACAGCAGCACCUAUAGUUAAAGCUGGUUCAAAACCAGCGGCUGCGAAAAAAGAUUCAGAUUCAAAUGAAAGUGAGUCAGAUGAAGAACAGAACGUGGUGCCGCAACAAAAAACACCGGCUAAAGGAGAAAAGAGAAAGCAUAAGGCAAUAGAGCAAGAAGAUGAGGAGGAGGAAGAAGAAGAAAAUCCACCAAAAGCUCAGAAAAACAACUACAGCAAUUUUGUGAAAGCAAGUAACAGCUUCAAUGGUGAUAAGCAGACAAAAAAUAUUCCGUUUCGUCGUGUAAAGGACGAGGAGGUAAAAUUGGACCCAAAAUUGGCUAACAAUUCUUUUGAGGCAAAGAGAGGUGCACGCGGCUCUUGGGGAGAGAAAGCAAACCAAGACCUGAAAUAUACGAGGGGGAAGUCAUUUCGUCACGAAAAGACGAAGAAAAAACGUGGUAGCUACCGCGGCGGUCAAAUAGAUACUACCAUCAAUUCCAUUAAGUUUGAGGAUUGAGUAAGCGAGUGUAAUAUGUAUAUGUAAAUGUUUUUAAUAUUAUUAGCGGAUACGUUUAGUUAAGCGAAGUAUAAUAAGAAUCGAGAUUCCCUAAGCUUUCGUUGGCAAGGUAAUCUUUUCGGGUAUUUUAAGCUACGACGUUGAUGCAAUUCUCAUUCAGUUCCGUGGAUAAAAGUCGGUCUCCAUUCUUGUUGGUAACAUUGUUGAAUUUUAGUCCGACAAUUUUCCAUUGAGCAGCGAUCACCAUUGUCAUUUUCACAUUUAGUAUCUAUAAGACUGCGAUUUCCACUUGUUUAUCGAAAGUCCCGUGAAAUCAAAGCUUAUUUUAAUACAAAAGGUAUAGCUUACAUAAGCUACUUCGAUACUGAAUAGCUGCUGUAUUAUAAGGUAUUGAAUGUUGUUUAUUGCAAUAUGUAACAUAUUUCAUAAAUUUAUCGUUCCUAGAAUGGGUAGGAAAUUCCAUAGAGAUCAUUUACAUCAGUGGUUAUCCAGAUUAGAGCUCAAGAAAGGAAAUUUAUCAGUGAACUAAUAUUAUCAAUUUUAGUCGCUUUAUUCCGUUGAGGGAGAAUUUUUGAGAAACACAUUGUUUCACGAUCAGGUAUGCAGUUUUGACGUUUUUUUUUGUGUAGUUUACUUAUAAGUACAGGUCCCUCACAAAUACAAUGACUAAUGGUAAUAUUUGGUAAUAUUUAAAUAGAGAUUAAAAAGGACUUAAUGUUAAACAAUUUUUAUACGCGCAUCCAUCCGACACGCAAUCAAUUCUCUAGGGUUGAUCGCAUCUACAUGUGUAUAAAAAUGUAACUAACGGCUCUGACACACGCAAAUGAUUAUAAUCUGUUAAUUUAAAAAUACACACAUACUUUGUACGAUAUUACCAUCAUUUGAAAUUGAACAUAAAGAGAGUGUAAUCUUAA